CUGAUGAUAUUAACAAGUUCUUGUGGAUGGUGAGAAUAGGUGGUAGUACAGAUAGGGGUGCUCAUAUCAAAGAAUGGGAUUAUUAUUCGUCAACUGGAGAAUUUAGAAUCGAUAAAGAAGGUUCUCCAACCCUUUUGAAUUGUUUAAUGUAUAAAAUGUGUUAUUAUCGUUUUGGAAAUGUCUACAGUGAAGGAGGGAAACCACCCGGUUAUGAUAGGGUCAGAGGAGCUGAAAUAGGAAACAAAGAUUUUGAAUUGGACGUGUUGGAGGAGGCCUACACAACAGAACAUUGGCUUGUGCGAAUAUAUAAAGUGAAAGACCUACCAAACAGAGGGAUGUAAUUUUUCUUGUGUUACUUUUAGUGGUCAUUCAUUUAAAUCCGUCUUUUUUGUACACAAUUUAAUUAAUAAAAAAUAAAUAAAUA